CGAGCGUCUAAGCUCCGGACUUCCUGUUUAAAGCUCGACUGUUGACUGGUGGAAAGGGAUGAGGUGCUCGGAAGAUAAUAAAACUACCCAAUGAAACCGGAAUAAAAGUUCACUCAAAAUGAGCUGGAUUCCCUUCAAGAUUGGACAACCAAAGAAGCAGAUUGUCUCUAAAACGGUUGAAAGAGACUUUGAGCGAGAAUAUGACAAGCUCCAAAAGCUGGAGGAUCAGACGAAAAAGCUUCACAAGGACAUGAAGAAAAGCACUGAGGCUGAUUUAGCCAUGUCCAAAGCAGCAGUGAAGAUCUCUGCAGACCUGCUGAGUAACCCACUGUGUGAGCAGGACCAGGCCUUUCUGGACUCCAUGACCGCUUUAGAUACAGCCAUGAAAAGGAUGGACUCCUUCAACCAGGAGAAGGUCAACCAGAUCCAGAAAACCGUUAUCGACCCUCUGAAAAAAUACAGUGGCGUCUUCCCCAGCCUCAACAUGGCAGUGAAGCGCCGGGAACAGGCACUGCAGGACUACAAACGGCUGCAAUCCAAAGUGGAGAAGUAUGAAGAGAAAGAAAAAACCGGGCCCGUUAUGGUCAAACUACAUCAGGCUAGAGAGGAGCUCCGGCCGGUCAGGGAGGACUUCGAUGCCAAGAACAAGCAGCUGCUGGACGAGAUGCCCAAAUUCUACCACAGCCGCAUCGACUACUUCCAGCCCAGCUUUGAGGCUCUCAUCAGGGCGCAGGUUGUCUAUUUCACCGAAAUGUACAAGAUCUUCAGCGAGUUAACAGACCAGAUCGACCAGGCAGGGCUGACUGAUGAGCAGAGGGAGAGGGAGACAGAGGCCAAGCUCAGCGAGUUGCGUGCUCUGUCCAUUGUCGCCGACGACUGAGGGAGGAAAGCCGUAAACCGGGAAGGGCUCCUUUCAUGCCUCUCUCAAUGGAUUGCACGCUUUUCAGGCUCCUUCGUGCAGUUCAAACGGACAGCAAUGGCCUUAACCUGAUUAUCAGAUUGUUUCCUUGCGGCCUCAUCACACCCCCCCCCCCCCCCCUCUCCCUUUCCUCUUGCACCGCACUCCCAUGUUUCAUUCUCUCUACAGAGACUCUCUGCAACUCAAAGCAGCUGAAAUGCCACAUUAACUAAGCCAUCAGCCAAGUGCAACAUUAUAAGCCAAUAUGUUGUUUUUUUUAGUAAAGGAAUCAAACGGUUCUCGUCAGAACUAAUUAACAGGGUUACGCUUCUUGGUUUCAAAGAUGUCUAGAAGCAUUUGUUUCUAAAGCAGGAAAUGAGCAAGGAAAUGUUUUUAUUAGUCACAUCUGCAAUGUUACCAACAAUCUGUGAAACAUAGUUUUUAUUACCCAAGUUUUAAAUGACAAACACUACAGACUGAAUGUUAUGUAAUGUAGGUUACCGGCAAGAAAAUGUAUUUCUGUAUUUUGGCCUUUGCUGGUUAUCUCUAAGUUUAGCUCUGUGCCAUGUUGUAUGGAGGCUUUUUAUUGGGGUUUACAGGAUGAUAUUGGUAACAUCACCUGUGCAUAAUGUGCCUACAUUGUCCCGACUGUGGAUGUAACAUGAAAACUCACUUGAGUGAGGUGAGAUUGUGCAGCGGUGUUGAAAGGUCGACCACUCGGGCUGCAGAAAGAACCAGUCGCUGUCCAAAACAAAGGCUGGUGCUCCCUCUAGUGGAAAAUAUGAAUCACGACACCAUUUAUUUCCUUUUAAUCACCAUCCAUCCUUUGUUGUAGGUUCAGUUUGUCUGUUAGCAAAGAACCUCACGCAUUGUUGGCACUCUAGAGAAAAUAUUUUCUCUGUACUGAGAUUAGAAGCCAACUUUCUUUUUUUUUUUAGGGGAAGCUUUUCUUGAUUUUGGACCAAAUCGUUCUUUCAUUGCACUCCUUUCCACCUUUAUCAGGUACUGCCUCGGUAUGAGAAGCACGAUCUGGUUAAUGGGGCUACAUGAUAAUGUGAAACUAAUUGCUCCCAUAUCGUUUUUAUGGUGUCAUACCAAGAAGUUGACUAUUUAUUCUUUGGCAUAUUUUGAAAUUAUUGCAAAAAUGCUUAGUGAUUGUCUCUGUGUUCUGCAAUGCAGACUAAGUUACACGUAUGUAUUAAUGAAGGUUUUUUAAUUUGUUUUAUUAAGCGUUUAACUGCUAGAUUUUCUUUGAACACUAAGAGAAUACCUUAACAUUAGUGGGUUUUCAUUUAGAUUUUUGAAAUGUAUUGACACCACAAUCUGUUUUUUCAGCCAUCAUCUCAAUGUAGUCGAUCAUUAAAUAAAUGAAAUGUGAGAAUAGCAAAGAUGUCUGCAAUCGUACUGUUGUUGCCUUGAUGUUUGGAUAUCCACUGCAUAUUUCUCAGGGGGGAGUGAAGGAGUGUUUGUAGAAUUAAAAAUCACACAAGAGUCA